AUGUUACAUGUUGCAGCGCUUCGAGGUUCGUUACUCUCGUUGGGCUCAGAAAGUGACAUAAUGAAUUCAAUGCUAAUUCAUAUCGUUUUAACCAAAAUUGAUUCUGAUUCAAAAUCAGCAUACAAUCAGAAGCAAGAGUUUGACCACUUGCCAUCGUGGGACGAUUGCUACAAGUGGCUGAAUCGACACUCUCAGUAUUUAGAAACCUGUUCAAACGGUGAAAACUCAAAGGUUACACAGCGAGAUUGUAAGCUACACGGUAAGAAAAAUGCAAAUUCAUUCGUUAAUGCGAUGUCGGCAUGUAUACAUUGCAAUAAUAUAGAGCAUAGCCUAAACAAUUGUCCUUCAUUUCUACAGUUGUCAGCUAAGAUGCGUUUUGAUUGGGUGAAGCAAGCAGGAGCUUGCAUCAAUUGCUUACGAAAAGGACACACCGUAUCUAAAUGCCCAUCAAAAUCUCGUUGCCGCGUAUGUCAUCAAUCGCACCAUUCUCAUCUUCAUUUCGCCACCGUUGGAACUACAAAUUAUCCAUUUGCACAACCAUUAGAACUUCAAGGGAAAGACAAUACAUCUGUGUCAUUUACUUUGCCGAAUCCACCGCAUCAGUUACCAACUAAUCCAUCGGUUUCACUCAUCGUAUGCACACGUAAAAGGGCGAUAUUACCGACAGCUUUAAUUUACAUACAAGAUAAAUUUGGAGUGAUGCAGCCAGCUCGCGCGUUAUUGGAUUCCUGUUCCGAAUUGAAUUUCAUCACCGAAGAAACAGCGAAGCGUUUGCAGCUCAAACGGUUUUUCUCAUAUCAGGAAAUCUCAGGUAUUUCAGAUAUUCGUUCUAAUUCAAAGUAUGCAGUAAAGGCGAAAAUCAAAUCUCGUAUUGGAGAUUUUACUUGUCUGUCGGAAUUCGUUAUAACUAAGCAUAUCACAACACAAAUUCCUAGUAGUUUUAUAAAUACUUCUAAAUGGAAUAUUCCUGAAAAUCUUCAGCUUGCGGAUCCAUACUUCUACAAACCGCAACGUAUAGAUUUAUUGCUCAAUGCAGAAGUAUUUUUUGAGAGCCUUCAAGAAGGCACAAUUUCAUUUGGAAAAGGCUUACCACGCCUUCAAAACAGCAAAUUAGGUUGGAUGGUAGGGGGCAAUUUUGAAAAGCUUUCAAAUUCCCGCCCAUCCAUUUGCAAUGUCACACUAAAUUCAAAUCUAUCGAAUAUCGAUUCGAUUCUUCAACGUUUUUGGGAAAUUGAAAAUUUCACCGAAAAGGAAGCAACAUUGUCCGAAGAAGAACGUUUAUGCGAAAAACAUUUCAUUGAAAACGUUCAAGUGAAAAAUGAUGGACGUGUACAAGUACGGUUACCAUUUAAGGUUUCACCGACAAUGUUAGGCAACUCUUUCCAUAAUGCCAGGAAGAGAUUUCUCGCUCUUGAACGCCGUCUAUCUAACAAUAAAUUACUAAAAAACAUGUAUGCGGAUUUCAUAAAAGAAUAUUUUGAACUCGGGCACAUGGUUGCCAUAAAAAACUUUGAUUUCAAUAGCUCGCAGUAUAUAAUUCCACAUCAUUGUGUACUCCGUCCACAAAGUACUACGACCAAGCUUCGGGUUGUAUUCGACGCCUCUGCGCGCACCACAUCUGAUCAUUCAUUAAAUGAAAUACUCAUGGUUGGAGCAACAAUUCAACCAGAACUAAUCAUCACAUUAUUAUCAUUUCGUUUAUAUCCCUACGUAUUAACCGCCGAUAUAUCAAAAAUGUAUCGGCAAUUUUUGAUUAACGAUCAAGAUCAACGAUAUCAACUCAUUUUGUGGAGAAAUGAACCUCAUGAGCCAUUACAGUUGUUUCAACUCAAAACUGUAACUUACGGAUUGGCUUCUGCACCAUUCCUAGCUAUUCGCAGUUUAUUUCAUAUUGCUGAUGUCAAUAAAGCUGCCUUUCCUCUAGCAUCGUCUGCUAUUCGUGAAAGUUUUUAUGUUGACGAUUUGUUGACUGGUGCAGAUAGCAUAGACAACUUACAAAAACUAAAAAUUGAAAUCAUAGAAGUUCUUCGUUCUCAUGGUCUUUCUCUGACUAAAUGGCACUCGAAUUCUAAACAAUUAUCUGACGCAUCUUAUAAUGAAGUUGUAAUUAAAACAACUGAAGAAAACAUUACCAAAGCGUUAGGUACGUCAUGGAAACCUUUAGCUGAUACCAUUUGUUAUCGCUAUGAAUUACCAGAUAUGCUGUCAGUUACAAAGCGAUCUGUUCUAUCAAUUAUUUCCAAAAUAUUUGAUAUCGGUUUAUUGAGCCCCGUGAUAAUACGUGGCAAAAUAUUAAUGCAAGAAAUUUGGAUUCGCCGAUUAGAUUGGGAUGAAACACUACCACCCGAUCUUCAUAACAUUUGGUUGCAGAUUAAAGCGGAUUUAAAUUUCAUUAAUAAAAUCGAAGUUCCUCGUCAUGUACAAACAUCAUCCAAUUCUCGCUGUGAAGUUCAUGGCUUCGCAGACGCAUCAACGUGCGCAUAUGGGUGCUGCAUUUAUUUACGUUCUAUUAUAAAGGACACUUACAAAACUACGUUACUUAUUGCUAAAUCUAAAGUGGCACCAAUUAAAGCACAAUCGCUUCCUCGUUUGGAGUUAUGUGCAGCACUGUUACUGAGUAGGACUUGGCAAAAAAUCAAGGAUAAGGAAGACGCGGCAUACCUCAACGCAUUUACUGCGACAACGGCACAAAUUUCGUUGGUGCUCAAGCCAAAUUGA